AUGCUGGUGGAUCUGAACGCGUUCGCCGACGAGCACUUCGACCCCAAGGCGUGGGUCAACGAUGCGUGCGCUGCGCUCCCGCCGGAGGAACCUCCGGAGAAGUUUCUCGCGGACAUUGAAAUGAAGCUGCAGCUCUUAUCGGGUAUAUGCUGCGAGUGUGCAGAGAACAUGGGCGGAGCGUUGGAGGAGCAGAGUGCGGGCGCGCUGCUGAGGGUGCCGCGUGCUGACAUGGGCGGCGCGUUGGAGGAGCAGAGCGCGGGCGCGCUGCUGAGAGUGCCGCGCGCCGUGAGGGAGACGAAGCGCGUGCGCGAUGAUGCUGUGUCGCUCAAAGGCACCGUCGCCAGCAUCCUGCAGCGCCUGCAGCAGGUGGAAGCCACGUCAGCAGCCUCAGUGGCGGUGCUGGCGAAGGUGGAUGCAGUGAAGCAGCAGAUGGAAGCGGCGAGAGACACGCUCCAGUACGCGGCGGGCCUGGCACAGCUGAGUGCGUCAGUGGAGCAGGUGUUCGCCAGUGGGGACCUGCCACGUGUCGCCGAGACACUGGCCAACAUGCGGCGCUGCCUGGAGGUGGUCGGCGAUGCGCCAGAGUUUGCGGCGAACAAGAGGCAGCUGCAGUCGCUGGAGGACCGCCUGGAGCAGAUGGUGCAGCCGCGGCUGUCAGACGCACUCACACACAGCAAGCUGGACGCGUGUCGCUCGCUCACAGGCAUCCUGGCAGCCAUAGGCCGGCAGCACACGGUGGAAGCUCUUUUCUGCCUCGUGCGCUGCCGCCCGCUCACACGCCUGUGGGAGCAGUUCGAGGUCACUGCUGUUGCACCUGGCGCAGGCCCGCUAGCAGCAGCGUUACAGUUCCCCGAGUGGUUACCGCGCUGGUACGAUGAGAUGCUGCUGGCCGUGGAGCAGGAGGCGCGCUGGUGCGUGGCAGCCUUCCCCCACCACGCCUCCCCUCUCCUGCUGCGUCUGCUCACGGCCACAUGGGGCGGGCUCGCCUCCAGCUUCACUGCUCGCGUCGAUGCUGCUGUGUCUGAUGCUGCGCUGUCUGCUCUUGCCGCUGCUGAUGCAGCGUCCCAGUCACGGCCGUCCACCCGCCUGGCACUCCUGCUCGCCCUACACGCCACCACCACCACUUUCGCGCGCAAUCUCUCCCGCCUCCUUGCCUCCCUUCCUUCCUCCGCCACCGCCGAUGCCACUAAACCAUCUUCCUCUGAAAAAAACACACAAGGAGCCACCGCAGCAGCAGCAGGAGGAGGAGGGACAGGAGGAGGAGGCGCAGGGGGAGGAGAGAAAGGCAGCAAGAGCAAGGGCAGGGAGGAGGAGGGGGAGCAAGAGGGAGAGGGGCCUGUGAGUGUGAGCGCCGUGGUGUGGGCAGUGUUCCGCCCCUUGGAGCCCUUCAAGCAGCGCUACGGGGACUAUGAGCGUGCCCAGCUGGCGGCCGAUCUGGGCGGCAUAGAUCUCAGACCGGGCGGCGCAGUGAAGCAAGUGGGGCAGCGUGGGCUCGUGCUGGCAGAUGCUGUGCGGCGCAUGGAGGUGAGAGGCGGUGCUGUGCGGUGCAUGGUGGUGAGACGGGUACUGGGAGGGGCAUGGAGCAGCCAUGGCAGCACUCGCAGCAGUAGUGGAGCGCUGUCUCGCAUUCACAGGGGGCUCAGCAGUGUUGCUCACCGCUCUCAACCACUCCCUCCUCUUCGUCCCUUCUUUCUUACCCGCCCCACUACGCCCUCCCCAACCCCUCCACAGGCGGCCAUCCCAGCAGCCAUGGCAGCACUAGAAGCAGCAGUGGAGCGUUGUCUCGCCUUCACAGGGGGCUCAGAGGCAGCAGCGCUCCUCACCGCUCUCGACCACUCCAUCCUCCUCUUCCUCUCCCGCCUCUCCUCCUGCCUCCAAUCCCUCCCCCCCAUCUGCGGCCUCUCCCCUCCCCCUCCUCCUCCCCCCACUUCCUCCGCCACUCCUUCCGCUCCAACCCGAGCCUCCGGCCCAGGCUCGGACCGAACCAACCCAGUCUCAGACGAUCCGUUAGCCAGUCUACCGGACCCCGCAGGGUACGGAGCAGGGGGGGCAGGGGGAGUGGAGGAGGAGGAGGAGUGGGCAGUGGUACAGGGCGCCCUGCAACUGCUGAUGGUAGCAGAGAGUGUGGCAGUGCGCGUGGCAGUGUUUGAAGCAUCCCUCCGCAGUGCCCUCACCCAGCUCUCCCCCCGCCUGGGGCUGGAUGCUGGGGGCGAUAGCGCAGGGGAAGGGGGAGGGGAGGGCGCGGGAGGGGAGGUGAAGCGGGUGGGAUCGGUUGGUGGCGCAGGGGGAGGGGGAGGCGCAGGGGGAGGGGGAGCGGGAGGGGGAGGGGGAGCAGAGGGGAGUGAGGUGGAUGUGGCGGUGCUGAGACUGGCGGAGUAUCCCGACAAGGCACAGCGUCUUACUAGGCUGCUGGACGAGCUCAGGGACCCGCGCAUCCACGCGCUCCCGCGCACGGCGCAGCGAGUGAGAAGCUUCCAGGAAGCAGUGUCAUCGUUGGUGUACGACGUGCUCAUUGCCAAGGUGCGGCGGCAGCUGGCGGGGGUAUCCACGAUGCCGGACUGGGCAUUGGGUGAGGAGGAGAACGUGUUUGACCUACCAGCCUUCAAUGCAUAUGCUCUACCAUACAUCACGGCCGUGGGAGAAUACCUCCUCACUCUCCCGCAGCAACUCGAGCCUCUCGCCGUUGCUGCCUCCGAAGCUGCCCCGAGCCUGCUCCUGCAAGCCUCGGCAAGCGGUGCGUCGGCGGGCGGGGAAUCCGCGACUCCGACCGCAGCAGGGGAGGAGGAUGCGGGGGCAUAUUUCGUCCGUGAGUGGAUGACAAAGGUUGCUGACGGGGCGACAUCUCUAUUCCUUGAGCAAAUUCGGGCGAUUCCCGAGGUUUCGGACCGGGGGGCACAGCAGCUAGCAGCAGACAUAGAGUAUCUGUGCAGUGUACUGUCUGUGCUGUAUGUGGCUGCAUCGCCUGCCAUCGCGACCUUCCAAGCGUGCUUUGCCACGCCCAAGGCGAGCCUGGCGGAGUUUAUUGCUCAGGAGAGUGGUGCUGGGGGGUCGCUGGAUGCUACCUCUGCUCGCCUGGUCGCCAAGAUGAGGCGGGUUGCGCUGGAGUGA